AUGGGCCUCCUUUUUGGUGUUGCUGCGUUGCUGUCCCUUUCCAUCCCUACCUACGCUGCACCCUACGACCAAAAGGUAAUAAAUAAACCAGACAACGGAGAUCCACGCAUUUUUCCAGAGGGGUCUCAUGGCGGUUUAUAUCUAUGCUCCGGAGCUGGUUUCGUCGGCCAUUGCGAGUACUACACAACCGCUUUCGGAAAUUGCAUUACAAUAACCGACCAAUUCCCUCCCGGCAAUGGCGGAGUCAAUGGAGUCAAUGCCGCUGGCUCUGAUCGGGGAAGCUGGUGUACAUUAUACGCGCAAUCGGGCUGUCAGGGAUCGGAGCUUCAGAUCCAUUAUCCUGGCUACGAUGACCUGCGCAAGGUUAAUUGGAGGGCUAAGGCUCGGAGUUACAACUGCGCUGCUGAGUGA